GGUUAGCUUGUUGCCACCGAACAAAAACUCGCUACUGGAUUAUGUUAUUGGAUUAAUACCUUUCAGUUUUGUGCUCUUUACAAAUGAGAAUAAUAACGUCUUUGUUAUCCUUUUAUCUUAGUGAAAUGUUGUUGCUUGUAAAGGUGAUGUAGGAUACGUGCGUACUAGAUUGUAUUCGUCAAGACACUUAGCGUUAGCAGCCAGCUAACGCGGGCUAGCUGUCCGUAUCGUGUUAGUUUCACCAACUUUUGUUUCAUUGCAGUCGCAUUUAGUUUUUUUUACUAAACCACACUUCAGUUGAUACAGUUAUUCUUUUAAACAACCACUAAGAGCUUCAGAGAAUGCUGGCUACGGGUGCAGCUGUAACUAAUGUCACAGCCCUGGCCCAGGUAGACAGGGAGAAGAUCUACCAAUGGAUCAACGAGUUGUCCAGCCCUGAGACCAGAGAAAACGCCUUGCUUGAGCUAAGCAAGAAACGUGAGUCUGUGCCGGACCUGGCACCCAUGCUCUGGCACUCCUGUGGCACCAUCGCUGCCCUGUUGCAGGAAAUAGUGAACAUCUAUCCCUCUAUAAACCCACCUACACUUACAGCUCACCAGUCUAACAGAGUCUGCAAUGCGCUGGCACUUCUGCAGUGUGUCGCCUCACACCCAGAGACACGGUCGGCCUUUCUCGCCGCUCACAUCCCUCUUUUUCUUUACCCUUUUCUGCACACUGUGAGCAAAACGCGGCCGUUUGAGUACCUGAGACUUACCAGCCUCGGAGUCAUAGGUGCGUUGGUCAAAACAGACGAGCAAGAAGUGAUUAACUUCCUCCUCACCACUGAAAUCAUCCCGCUGUGUCUGCGCAUUAUGGAAUCAGGGAGUGAACUCUCCAAGACGGUUGCUACCUUCAUACUGCAGAAGAUCCUGUUGGAUGAUACGGGGCUGGCUUAUAUUUGUCAGACAUAUGAACGUUUCUCUCACGUGGCCAUGAUCCUUGGGAAGAUGGUGCUCCAGCUCUCUAAAGAACCAUCAGCUCGUCUGCUGAAGCAUGUUGUUCGCUGCUACCUUCGCCUCUCAGAUAAUCUCAGAGCCAGAGAAGCCCUGCGUCAGUGUCUGCCAGACCAGCUGAAGGACAGCACCUUCGCUCAGGUGCUGAAGGACGACACCACCACCAAGCGCUGGCUGGCUCAGCUGGUCAAGAACCUGCAGGAGGGCCAGGUCACCGACGCUAGAGGCAUCCCCCUGGCCCCGCAGUGACGGGGACGAAACGCGCGUUCGCAGCAGACACGAAUGGACUCCCAUCACUGUUUAGAUUUUGUAUUUUGCCAAAUGUGGUGCUAAGACUGUCUGCACAGUGAAGGACUUGAUAAAUAGAAGAAAAUAUUUUUGCUUUUGGCUAAAAGGAUUCAUUUCCACCGUUUUUUUUUUUCCACGCUGGUUACAUCACCUUUUGAACAACACUAUCGACUGAAAACCUUUUUGUUUUUUAGAGCCCGACAGAUAAGCUUUUUAAAGCCAAUACUGAUAUUUGAGAGUAAUUUAAAUCCAAUAAUUAUAUAUUGGCUGAUAUUACUUUAAAAAUGUAUUUUGUCAAGAUCCCUCCAAUUGAAAGAGUCGUCUAUUUUACAGUUGAACAAUAAACUUCACUAUCAAAGAUGAGAGAAAAAAAGGUAGUUUUGAACAGUAAACAUUGCUGAAAAUAAUAUGUCAUAACUGUAAGUGAAAUAUUUUAAACUUGAAUGAAGAAAAAUGGCCAAAUGUAUAAUUUACUACACUGUAUAUUCUCUCUGGAUAUGUGUCAACAGUAUAGGUCAGUACUGAUGUAUCAAUGAUAAACCAGCCUUUCAAAUCUU